AUGGCCAAGAACAGAGAAACCUCUGAAAAACAUUCAAUCCCAUUUUCACACUGUGUUAAAUUCGGAGCAUCGUUAUUCUUUGUAGGUAUUGCUUUUCGUCUUCUCUUCUGGGAUUCCUUCAGUUUAUCAUCAUUCAUAGAGUUUCAAAAACCACACCCUCAAACAGUGUCCCCUGUCGUUUCAUCUCCUGUUCAAGCACCAGAAUCUGAUGCAUUUCAAUUCAACAUUCAGAAUCAAACCUCUUUCAAUGGUUCAGGAAAAUGUAAUCUGUUUGUUGGAGAUUGGAUUUCUGAUUCAUCAGAACCAAUGUACACAAAUGAGAGUUGUCAUGUGAUUGAGCCUCAUCAAAAUUGUAUGAAGAAUGGAAAACCUGAUUUGGGGUACCUUUAUUGGAGAUGGACCCCAAAAGAGUGUGAAUUACCCAAGUUUGAAGCAAACAAGUUUCUUAAUCGAAUGAGGAAUAAAGCAAUGGCUUUUGUUGGGGAUUCUAUCUCACGCAACCAUGUUCAGUCCCUACUUUGUAUUCUUUCACAGGUGGAACAAGCUGUUGAGGUUUAUCAUGACAAAGAAUAUAGAUCAAAGAUAUGGAAAUUUGCCUCUCAUAACUUCACAUUAUCAGUAAUAUGGACACCUUUCCUAGUUAAAGCAGCUAUUCAUGAAGACAUGAAUGGAGUUUCAUCUUCAAUGGUACAGCUUUAUCUUGAUAUUCUUGAUGAACAAUGGACUAAACAAUUCAACACUUUUGAUUAUGUUGUAAUUGGUGGUGGAAAAUGGUUUCUCAAAUCUGCGGUAUAUCAUGAAAACAACACGGUAGCUGGCUGUCAUUACUGCCCUGGAAAGAAUUUGACCGAUCUAGGGUUCGACUACGCGUACCGAAAAGCACUUCGACUUGUUUUCAACUUCUUCACCAAGAACUCUAGCCAUGAUGCGACGGUUUUGUUUAGAACUACCACACCGGAUCACUUUGAAAAUGGUGAAUGGUUUAGUGGAGGGUAUUGUAAUAGAACUGUACCUUUUAAAGAGGGUGAAAUUAGUAUGGUAGAAGUAGAUUCUAUCAUGAGAGGUGUUGAAGUUGAAGAGUAUGAGAAGGCUAUAACAUCGGUAGGAUCUGAGAAUGGUGUGAAGUUGAAACUUUUGGACACGACUUUUCUUUCUUUGUUGAGACCAGAUGGACAUCCAGGACCUUAUAGAGAGUUUCAACCAUUUGCGAAAGAUAAGAAUGGUAAAGUUCAGAAUGAUUGUUUACAUUGGUGUUUACCAGGACCAAUUGACUCAUGGAAUGAUAUAGUAAUGGAAAUGCUAGUAAAUGGUUAA